AUGAAUGUCACCGAGCCCAGUAAGUCAACCAACAAGGCUGAGGAACGCGUCAAACUGCCCAAGAUUUCAAUACCAACGUUCUCCGGUCAGUAUGCUGAAUGGAAUAACACACCAGCAACUGAGUCUCAGGAGUCUGAAGAAACAAAUCACUCAGUUGUACCAAAUGUGGUUGCACCUGCAACUGCAUCUCACUCGUCAUCUGAUGAUGAGCGCACCACUACCAACAUUAAAAACCACUUUUCGACAGCUCAUAGGUUGGUUUUAUUACCAACAGCAUUGGUUAAUGCCAUGUCGAAAUCUGGUCAACUCAUAACACUCAGGUGCUUUAUCGACCAAGGAUCAGAAGAGUCGUUUAUCACAGAAUCUGUGGUUCAUCUGCUCGGACUUUCCAGGAUUCCCCACAAAAGCACAAUCACGAGACUAUGCGAAGAUGAAGAGGAGAGUUCCCUGAGCUCUAACUCGUCGGUGAAUAUAACAAUCACAUCUCGCGUAGACUCUGAUUUUAAUGUAAACGUAAAUGCUUUUGUAUUAAGCAAACUCACAUUGAAUCUUCCAGAGAAACGAGUCAAUGUUGAGUCUUGGUCCGAGCUGUCUAGUGUAAAUUUAGCGGAUGCAACAUUCAAUGAACCGGGACAAAUCGACUUGCUACUUGGUGGAGAAGUUUAUAGUCAAAUACUCAUGGGCGGUGUUCUCAAAACUCCACAGGGAGGACCCAUCGCUCAGCAAACUUCCUUAGGUUGGAUCAUUUCCGGGCCGGUUCGCUCAGGUGAGUCGGAGUUACACAAUAAGAUCAGAAAUAACUAUAUUCAUGUCAAUGACAACGAGCUUCUGAAGAAGUUUUCAGAGCUUGAGGCUGAUCCUAUUGCGCCAGAUCCCAAGCACAAACACACUAAGGAAGAAGAGAAGCAAGAAGAAUCUUUUGCUACCACUACUAACCGGGAUUGUAGUGGUAGGUAUUCAUUCAAGUUACCCUUCUGCGAAGAAAAUACACGGCACUGCAGGUGCACUGAAGGGAAACAUUAUCUCGCAGCAGUUAAACGAUCCAAUUCACUCGACAGAAAAAUCGAGCAAGAACCACAGUUGAAGGAGAGGUACAUGAAUAACAUCAAGGAGUACGAAGAGCUUAGCAACGUGAAAAUGGUUUCGAAUGAAGUACAACCCAAACUAGAAGUUGUGUGCCUUCCCCAAAAUGCUGUUACUCCAGAAGACAAAAUGGUACCGAUAAUUUUCGAUGUCUCAUGCUCAGGAAUAAACAGGUUGGCAAAAGUAAUCGCCGCAGAUGUUGAGUCCAAGCAAAGCUUACGGCGAGAUGGUCAAGACGAAGCAGCCGUGGCACCUUAUCUGGCUGUUAAAACACUGCAGCAAGUUGCACCUGAGCGCAAAGAAGUAUAUCAUUGGGUAGCAGGAGACAGAGUGUUGAAAGAAUUUAGUGUGGAUGACCUCCUGUCAGACUGUGAGACUGUGGGAGAAGAAAAACGACCAUACAAAGAACUCAACGGAUCAAUAAGUAAAGCAGGUUUCGAAAAAGCAACUUUGAAUCAAGAUUAUAGAUAUGAAGUAGACAAUAUGGAGACUGAGCUGGGCACAACAGUGAAGAAUUUGGGACCUCUAAUGUUGGAACCUGACUUCGAUGCGAAACGUCGAUAA